AUCCAAACCAACUUGCUCUAGUCUCUGCACAUAAAUCUCUCUCUCUCUUAUUCUCUCUGAAUCUUCUUGUUUCUUCACUUCUCGCAAAAAGAAAAAGAUGCAGAUGGGUUUGACGCUGCCGAUUCAAAACAUGAAUAUUAUUUCGACCCGGAGUUCAAGAAUUGUUAAUAAUGUGAGUUGUUCAUCAGUUAAGACCAUAUCAACAACAAAAGUGACCCGGAAACAUUUAUCAAGUCUUGAGAAACUGCUUCAAAUAGAACCUGAGCUUAGCCCACAAGAAGCUAAUGUUGAAGAUGUAAGGGUUGUGAAGAAAAAAUCAAGCGAAGAAAAUAGAGGAAGAGGUCUUCUGGAAGGACUUAACCUAGCCAGCAUUUGGCCAGAGUCUAGAGCUGCCGAGGAGGUUUCUCCUCGGCAGCUUGUGAGACUAAAGAGGAUGUUAUCCAAGACCGGGGAGUUUUCUCCCCGGAACAAUCUUGGUUCCAAAUGGAAAGAAUAUCACGGGAGUAAUAAUUGGUCAGGAUUACUUGAUCCGUUGGAUGAGAAUCUCCGGAGAGAGAUGGUUAGGUACGGGGAGUUUAUUCAAGCUGCGUACCAUUGUUUUCAUUCUAACCCGUCAACAAAUGAUGCUCCACUGGAUCGCCAUGUGGCGGUCCCCGAUAAAGCUUACAAGGUGACAAAGAAUUUGUACGCCACGUCAUCGGUUGGAUUGCCCAAGUGGUUGGAUAAUGUGGCUCCGGAUCUCGCGUGGAUGACGCAGAGAUCCAGCUGCGUUGGCUACGUGGCGGUUUGCGAGGAUCAGAGGGAGAUCGCACGGAUGGGGAGGAGGGAUAUUGUGAUCGCGCUUCGCGGAACUUCCACGUGUCUCGAAUGGGCAGAAAAUAUGAGAGAUAUGCUUGUGGAAAUUCCGGGUCAGGAAGGAAUCGAAAGUGAAGCUAAUGGUGUCAAAUCGGUUUCCAAAGUGGAGUGUGGUUUUUUGAGUCUUUACAAAACGGCUGGACCUCAGAUGCCGAGUUUGUCCGAAUCGGUUGUUACCGAAAUUCGAAGACUCGUCGAGAUGUACAAAGAUGAAAGCAUUAGUAUUACUAUCACCGGGCACAGUCUGGGCGCGGCUCUGGCUUUAUUGGUGGCCGAUGAAAUUAGUUCAUCGGCCACCAAUAUGCCUCCAAUUGCGGUUUUUUCCUUUGGGGGUCCCCGUGUAGGCAACAGGGGAUUUGCGAAUCGUUUGGAUUCGAAAAACGUUAAAGUGUUACGUAUUGUGAACUCGCAGGAUGUAAUUACUAGAGUUCCUGGUAUGUUUGUGAGCGAAGAAUUGGACAAGAAGCUGAGAGACUCAGGCACGGCGACUAAAGUGCUUGACAUGCUUGACAACACCAUGCCUUGGGCGUACUCACACGUUGGGACCGAGUUACGAGUUGAUACGAAGAUGUCACCGUUUUUGAGGCCUGAUGCUGAUGUCGCGUGUUGCCAUGAUUUAGAGGCGUAUUUGCACUUGGUAGAUGGUUUUUUGGCAUCGAAUUCUCCGUAUAGAUCGAAUGCCAAGAGAAGUUUAGUGAAGUUGUUAGAUGAACAAAAUGCAAAUGUAAAAAAGUUGUAUACAAACAAGGCAAACGCUUUGACAUUGAACCUGAAUCCCCAAAGGGAGAUUCUGCACAUGUCAAGUUGUUUACCUAGUCCAUCAUCUUAAUAAACAUUUGUUAAUAUGAAAA